AUGGUGGUCAGAGGCAGGGGUGAAUUUCAUUCAAAUCACACGAAAAAGAAUUCAGGUACGGAACAUGAUCCUCCAUCGCCAACUCCUUUAAUUGGGAAUAUUGCAGCUCUAAAAAGGAUGGCGUCACGAAGUCAAGCACUAGAACUAUUACACGACAUUGCAAAAAAGGUAACUCCAAUAAUGAGCUUCUAUGGGUUUAAUGUUGGCACCUUGUGUGAAAUGUAUCCAAAAAAUCCUUGCUUACUUGGGUUAAACGUUAAUGGCGGAUCAAAAAUUUGUAUCCGACUUCGAAGUCCAUCUAACAAGAAUUGGUUUCUUCCCACUCAAGAUCUAAUAGGGACCAUGCUUCAUGAGUUGGCACAUAAUAAAUGUGGACCACACAAUGCAGUAUUUUAUAAAUUGCUUGAUCAGUUGAAAGAGAAAUACUAUGAAGUGGAAUCAAGAGGAAGCUAUAAGGCAACUGGAUAUUUUAUGGAAUCUUGCAAACUUGGAAGUACAUUAUCUUUAAACUCAAAUAAAUCAGUUAGGACUCAACGGAUCAAGAAAUUAAUCAAGACUAGGUACACAACAAAGAAUUCGAAACUUGGAACUUCACUUAUUUGCAAAGAGUCACCACGCUUAACCAAGCCAACAAGAAAGUUACUAAGAGAAGCAGUAGAGAGGAGGUCCAAAGAUGAAAAGUCGUGCUCUUCGCACUUAUCAAUUUUAGAGAUGGAAAGUAUUAUCCCUUCGGAUUGCGAUUUAAGCUUAUCUUUUAGUGAGAAAAGAGGUGUCGAUUGCAAUGCAAAAGGGAUAAAUAGUAAGUUGAGAGUAAGCAGGAAUCAAACCUUCACCAAUUUAUUGAAGGUUCAUAAUAAAGCAAAGACAAAUUUAGGAAUUAAAAAUUUUGUGGAGCAAGAAUCAGACGUAAUAAUUAUAGAUUGA